GGCUGAGCCAGCUGAGGGGAAAAAUGGCUCGGACUGUGGCGGCUUCGGCGGCUCAGGUUGUAGUAGAGGCGGAGGCUCAGGCAGCUUGAGUUCUGGAAGCUGGGAAGUCCGAGGGCAUGGUAGUACCAACAUCUGCUUGGCAUCUGGUGAGGACGUUCUUGCUGUGUCAUAACAUAGUGCAGCUCUUGCUGUUUUGGAAGCUACAAGAAAAAAAUAGAGGAAGGAAGGUUUGAUCUUUUUGGUGGACAUGGCUCAGAUAUCCAGCAACAGCGGAUUUAAAGAAUGUCCAUCUUCACAUCCGGAACCAACAAGAGCAAAAGAUGUGGACAAAGAAGAAGCAUUACAGAUGGAAGCAGAAGCUUUAGCAAAACUGCAAAAGGAUAGGCAAGUGACUGACAAUCAGAGAGGCUUUGAGUUGUCAAGCAGCACCAGAAAAAAAGCACAGGUUUAUAAUAAACAGGAUUAUGAUCUCAUGGUGUUUCCCGAAUCAGAUUCCCAAAAAAGAGCAUUAGAUAUUGAUGUAGAAAAGCUCACUCAAGCUGAACUUGAGAAACUAUUGCUGGAUGACAGUUUUGAGACUAGAAAAACACCUGUAUUACCAGCUACUCCUGUUCUGAGCCCUUCCUUUUCAGCACAGCUCUAUUUUAGACCUACUAUUCAGAGAGGACAGUGGCCACCUGGAUUAUCUGGGCCUUCCACUUAUACUUUACCUUCUAUUUAUCCUUCUACUUACAGUAAACAGGCUGCAUUCCAAAAUGGCUUCAAUCCAAGAAUGCCCACUUUUCCAUCUACAGAACCUAUAUAUUUAAGUCUUCCGGGACAAUCUCCAUAUUUCUCAUAUCCUUUGACACCUGCCACACCCUUUCAUCCACAAGGAAGCUUACCUAUCUAUCGUCCAGUAGUCAGUCCUGACAUGGCAAAACUAUUUGACAAAAUAGCUAGUACAUCAGAAUUUUUAAAAAAUGGGAAAGCAAGGACUGAUUUGGAGAUAACAGAUUCAAAAGUCAGCAGUCUACAGGUAUCUCCAAAGUCUGAGGAUAUCAGUAAAUUUGACUGGUUAGAUUUGGAUCCUCUAAGUAAGCCUAAGGUGGAUAACGUGGAGGUAUUAGACCAUGAAGAAGAGAAAAAUGUUUCAAGUUUGCUAGCAAAGGAUCCUUGGGAUGCUGUUCUUCUUGAAGAGAGAUUGCCAGCAAAUUGUCAUCUUGAAAGAAAGGUGAAUGGAAAAUCCCUUUCUGUGGCAACUGUAACAAGAAGCCAGUCUUUAAAUAUUCGAACAACUCAGCUUGCAAAAGCCCAGGGCCAUAUAUUUCAGUUACAGAAAGACCCAAAUGGGACCAGUAAUUUGCCAACUGGAAGUUCUCUUCUUCAAGAAGUUGAAGUACAGAAUGAGGAGAUGGCAGCUUUUUGUCGAUCCAUUACAAAAUUGAAGACCAAAUUUCCGUAUACCAAUCACCGCACAAACCCAGGCUAUUUGUUAAGUCCAGUCACAGCACAAAGAAACAUAUGCGGAGAAAAUGCUAGUGUGAAGGUCUCCAUUGAAAUUGAAGGAUUUCAGCUACCAGUUACUUUUACAUGCGAUGUGAGUUCUACUGUAGAAAUCAUUAUAAUGCAAGCCCUUUGCUGGGUACAUGAUGACUUGAAUCAAGUAGAUGUUGGCAGCUAUGUUCUGAAAGUUUGCGGUCAAGAGGAAGUGCUGCAGAAUAAUCAUUGCCUUGGAAGUCAUGAGCAUAUUCAAAACUGUCGAAAAUGGGACACAGAAAUUAGACUACAACUCUUGACCUUCAGUGCAAUGUGUCAAAAUCUGGCCCGAACAGCAGAAGAUGAUGAAACACCCGUGGAUUUAAACAAACACCUGUAUCAAAUAGAAAAACCUUACAAAGAAGCCAUGACAAGACACCCGGUUGAAGAACUCUUAGAUUCUUAUCACAACCAAGUAGAAGUGGCUCUUCAAAUUGAAAACCAGCACCGAGCAGUAGAUCAAGUAAUUAAAGCUGUAAGAAAAAUCUGUAGUGCUUUAGAUGGUGUCGAGACUCUUGCCAUUACAGAAUCAGUAAAGAAGCUAAAGAGAGCAGUUAAUCUUCCAAGGAGUAAAACUGCUGAUGUGACUUCUUUGUUUGGAGAAGAAGACACUAGCAAGAAGUCAACUAGGGGCUCACUUAAUCCUGAAAAUCCUGUUCAAGUAAGCAUAAACCAAUUAACUGCAGCAAUUUAUGAUCUUCUCAGACUCCAUGCAAAUUCUGGUAGGAGUCCUACAGACUGUGCCCAAAGUAGCAAGAGUGCCAAGGAAGCAUGGACUACAACAGAGCAGCUCCAGUUUACUAUUUUUGCUGCUCAUGGAAUUUCAAGUAAUUGGGUAUCAAAUUAUGAAAAAUACUACUUGAUAUGUUCACUGUCUCACAAUGGAAAGGAUCUUUUUAAACCGAUUCAAUCAAAGAAGGUUGGCACUUACAAGAAUUUCUUCUAUCUUAUUAAGUGGGAUGAACUAAUCAUUUUUCCCAUCCAGAUAUCACAAUUGCCAUUAGAAUCACUUCUUCACCUUACUCUUUUUGGAAUUUUAAAUCAGAGCAGUGGAAGUUCCCCUGAUUCUAAUAAGCAGAGAAAGGGACCAGAAGCUUUGGGCAAAGUUUCUUUACCUCUUUUUGACUUUAAACGGUUUUUAACAUGUGGAACUAAACUUCUAUACCUUUGGACUUCAUCACAUACAAAUUCUGUUCCUGGAACAGUUACCAAAAAAGGAUAUUUCAUGGAAAGAAUAGUGCUACAGGUUGAUUUUCCUUCUCCUGCAUUUGAUGUAAUUUAUACAACUCCUCAAGUUGACAGAAGCAUUAUACAGCAACAUAACUUAGAAACACUAGAGAAUGAUAUAAAAGGGAAACUUCUUGAUAUUCUUCAUAAAGACUCAUCACUUGGACUUUCUAAAGAAGAUAAAGCUUUUUUAUGGGAGAAACGUUAUUAUUGCUUCAAACACCCAAAUUGUCUUCCUAAAAUAUUAGCAAGUGCCCCAAACUGGAAGUGGGUUAAUCUUGCCAAAACUUACUCAUUACUUCACCAGUGGCCUCCAUUGUACCCACUAAUUGCAUUGGAACUUCUUGAUUCAAAAUUUGCUGAUCAGGAAGUAAGAUCCCUAGCUGUGACCUGGAUUGAGGCUAUUAGUGAUGAUGAGCUAACAGAUCUUCUUCCACAGUUUGUACAAGCUUUGAAAUACGAAAUUUACUUGAAUAGUCCAUUAGUGCAAUUCCUUCUGUCCAGGGCAUUGGGAAAUAUCCAGAUAGCACACAAUUUAUAUUGGCUUCUCAAAGAUGCCCUGCAUGAUGUACAGUUUAGUACCCGAUACGAACAUGUUUUGGGUGCUCUCCUGUCAGUAGGAGGAAAACGACUUAGAGAAGAACUUCUAAAACAGACGAAACUUGUACAGCUUUUAGGAGGAGUAGCAGAAAAAGUAAGGCAGGCAAGUGGAUCAGCCAGACAGGUUGUUCUCCAAAGAAGUAUGGAACGAGUACAGUCCUUUUUUCAGAAAAAUAAAUGCCGUCUCCCUCUCAAGCCAAGUCUAGUGGCAAAAGAAUUAAAUAUUAAGUCGUGUUCCUUCUUCAGUUCUAAUGCUGUCCCCCUAAAAGUCACAAUGGUGAAUGCUGACCCUAUGGGAGAAGAAAUCAAUGUCAUGUUUAAGGUUGGUGAAGAUCUUCGGCAAGAUAUGUUAGCUUUACAGAUGAUAAAGAUUAUGGAUAAGAUCUGGCUUAAAGAAGGACUAGAUCUGAGGAUGGUAAUAUUCAAAUGUCUCUCAACUGGCAGAGAUCGAGGCAUGGUGGAGCUGGUUCCUGCUUCCGAUACCCUCAGGAAAAUCCAAGUGGAAUAUGGUGUGACAGGAUCCUUUAAAGAUAAACCACUUGCAGAGUGGCUAAGGAAAUACAAUCCCUCUGAAGAAGAAUAUGAAAAGGCUUCAGAGAACUUUAUCUAUUCCUGUGCUGGAUGCUGUGUAGCCACCUAUGUUUUAGGCAUCUGUGAUCGACACAAUGACAAUAUAAUGCUUCGAAGCACAGGACACAUGUUUCACAUUGACUUUGGAAAGUUUUUGGGACAUGCACAGAUGUUUGGCAGCUUCAAAAGGGAUCGGGCUCCUUUUGUGCUGACCUCUGAUAUGGCAUAUGUCAUUAAUGGGGGUGAAAAGCCCACCAUUCGUUUUCAGUUGUUUGUGGACCUCUGCUGUCAGGCCUACAACUUGAUAAGAAAGCAGACAAACCUUUUUCUUAACCUCCUUUCACUGAUGAUUCCUUCAGGGUUACCAGAACUUACAAGUAUUCAGGAUUUGAAAUAUGUUAGAGAUGCACUUCAACCCCAAACUACAGAUGCAGAAGCUACAAUUUUCUUUACUAGGCUUAUUGAAUCAAGUUUGGGAAGCAUUGCCACAAAGUUUAACUUCUUCAUUCAUAACCUUGCUCAGCUUCGUUUUUCUGGUCUUCCUUCUAAUGAUGAGCCCAUCCUUUCAUUUUCACCUAAAACAUACUCCUUUAGACAAGAUGGUCGAAUCAAGGAAGUCUCUGUUUUCACAUAUCAUAAGAAAUACAACCCAGAUAAACAUUAUAUUUAUGUAGUCCGAAUUUUGAGGGAAGGGCAGAUUGAACCAUCAUUUGUCUUCCGAACAUUUGACGAAUUUCAGGAACUUCACAAUAAGCUCAGUAUUAUUUUUCCACUUUGGAAGUUACCAGGCUUUCCUAAUAGGAUGGUUCUAGGAAGAACACACAUAAAAGAUGUAGCAGCCAAAAGGAAAAUUGAGUUAAACAGUUACUUACAGAGUUUGAUGAAUGCUUCAACGGAUGUAGCAGAGUGUGAUCUUGUUUGUACUUUCUUCCACCCCUUACUUCGUGAUGAGAAAGCUGAAGGAAUAGCUAGGUCUGCAGAUGCAGGUUCCUUCAGUCCUACUCCAGGCCAAAUAGGAGGAGCUGUGAAAUUAUCCAUCUCUUACCGAAAUGGUACUCUUUUCAUCAUGGUGAUGCACAUCAAAGAUCUUGUUACUGAAGAUGGAGCUGACCCAAAUCCAUAUGUCAAAACAUACCUACUUCCAGAUAACCACAAAACAUCCAAACGUAAAACCAAAAUUUCACGAAAAACGAGGAAUCCGACAUUCAAUGAAAUGCUUGUAUACAGUGGAUAUAGCAAAGAAACCCUAAGACAGCGAGAACUUCAACUAAGUGUACUCAGUGCAGAAUCUCUGCGGGAAAAUUUUUUCUUGGGUGGAGUAACCCUGCCUUUGAAAGAUUUCAACUUGAGCAAAGAGACGGUUAAAUGGUAUCAGCUGACUGCAGCAACAUACUUGUAAACUAGUGAAUGGCUGAGCUUUGGAAGCAAGAACAGUUAUAAACGUGCAUGCAUACAUGCACACACACACACAGACACACACACACUUGUUAAUUUUGUACAGUAUUUUUAUACUUGGACAGAACUUAAAAAAUUAAAUAUACUUGCUGCAUUUCAACACAUCUGUUGGACCAACAGUCACAUAACUAACCUUUUUGAAUUUUUGGAAGCCAUUGCUGUUUUAAAGUCAUUAUACAGAAUGCUACAAACCCUAAACUUAAUAUAUACUAAUCCCUGAAAAAGACUUUGAGACAGUACUGUGUCAGUUCAGCCACCUAUUUUGCAUUGUUUUCUAUAAGGAGACAGAGCAUAUGUGUUUUCCUGUUAUGCACCUUUUAUAGCCUUUACCACUGUGUAAUGUUCACAAACACCAAAGUAAAGGAAAAAUGCAGGAUGUUACCAUAAAAUCCAGCUGCUAUUCAUGGAGCUGAAAAACAAAGCACAAAUAAUAGAUAGCUAUGUUAAGAACUACUAAGUAGUUUAUAGAAGUAGGGAAAAACAUAAUACUGCUUUUUAUUCAUGUCUUUAAAGCCUUUUUCAGAAUAAGUGCCAAUCACUGAUGUUGUAAAUAAUGGUGCCUUAACUUUAUAUGCUUCCCUGGCACUUCAUUUCUGAUUUUUUUCCUGGUUUGAUAAAUAAUUAGUACAUAGGUUUCACUCACUUUCCGCUUACUAAAGACAAGAAAUUAUGUACAUGUACUAAUGUUUUUCCCACAAAAUAUCCUUUACUUCUGAUGUAUGAAUUAGUUAUUUAAAUGGUUAAUUCAUUUACGUUUUUGUUGCCGAAUACCUGAAUAAGACUCACCAAUGUGAUUGUACAAUAAAUUCCAUCAUUCCAUUAAAAUCCUACAUUUAUUCCCAGGAGUGGUAAUUUCACCUCCCUACAUCUAUACUCCACUCCCUCAGUAAAUAAGUGAAAAUUGUUAACCCAUGUGCCCAUUCCUGAGUAGGGCAGACUCUUCACAAGAGGCCCAUGACAAGAAUUCUAGGGUCCAGAUUGAACUUUAAUAUAGACCUUUGUCUACGUAGACCAGUUUGUCUUGUAAACUGUCUUACUUACAUGUGUAAACAUUUUACAUUCACGUGAAAAGUUAUUUUCCUUUAUAUAAUAGGAUUCAGAAUCAUAAGGGACAGCAUUGAAAUUAUUCUACAGUAACCAGUAAGAAUAAGAUUCGGCUGGGCGCGGUGGCUCAUGCCUGUAAUCCCAACAUUUUGGGAGGCCAAGGUGGGUGGAUCACCUGAGGUCAGGAGUUUCAGACCAGCCUGGCCAACGUGGCGAAACCCCAUCUCCACACAAAAAUUAGCCAGGCGUAGGUGGUGGCGGGCAACUGUAAUCCCAGCUACUCGGAGGGCUAAGGCAGGAAAAUCGCUUGAACUCAGUCACUGCCUGGGUGACAAGAGCGAAACUCCGUCUUAAAAAAAAAGAAAGAAGAGUAAGAUUUAUUCUUAUUAGUUACUAAUUUCAGACACAAUUUUGUUAAUUUGGAUGUAUACAUAUAUAUAAUAAUAACUCUCAUGGUUAGAGUAGAAAUUCAGAUACUUUAAAAAUGGUAAUAGAAAUUGUACCAGUCAGGUUGCUGUGAGAAAACUGACAAAAUAUGCAAUAAAGAAUACCAAGAGAAAAAGGACAAUCGCCAAUUCAGUUGCCCAGAACAGAAUUUUUAUGAACUGCACAAAUGUUUAAUGUAAAUGGUGAUACCUACAGGGAAGAAAUAGAAAAGUUGAUAAUAUAUCAGUGGGACGGGGUGGGGGAAAAACUUGAAAUUUUUGGUGCCUAACACUAAUGGUCCAUAUGUAGUUAAACCUAUGAGUAUGGUAUACGAAUGUCUUUUUUUUAUGUUAAAAUGUGUUGUCUAUUUAAUAAGUUAAUUAAAAUGCAGAUCAAAGCACCGCCAUUUGCUUUUUUCACAGAUCAUUAACAUUUCCUCAAAGUGUGUAAGUACCUUUGCAAAUGCAAAUGUGCUAGUAAUUUUCACUUAAGCUUUUGAGACUUAAUUCCAUUCCACCAGUUAUCACUUAGCCACUGUAAUUUAAAAACAAACAAAAACUGUCUUGGUAGAGGUCAUCGUUAAUUAGACUCAACAUGUACUGCCUUUUUGCAGUCUAUUGUGACAGUGUCUUUUAGCACAAAUAAUACAGCUAAAAAAUGUCCUGUCACUUCCAUUAUAAGAAAUCUGGAUUCAUAUCUAAAAGUAUAUAUAAUACUGUACAGUUAAGAGUUCAGAAUAAGUGGUAAUGUUUUCUCUUAAUUUAACUCAUUUUGUGCCUUCUUUACUCAUUCAAACACACAUACAUUUUACAUAUAGUUUAUUUCUUUAUGAAAUGCUAAUCUUCAGCCCAUACCAAAAAAUAAAAGAGGGGAGCCUCUUUGCACUACUACUAUCAAUCAAUUUUAAAUUAGUUGGAUUUUUAAGCAUUUUUUAAAAGCUGACAUUAAAGUAAAUCUGAAAAACAAAAGUUUAACAAACUGACCAAGACACUAAUUUUUACGUAUAAUCACAAUAUUUUAUACUCACCUUUAUUGACUAAAAAUAAUUAUGCUGCAUGUUGUCCUGCAUCAGAAGAAUUAUUUCUUCUUGCCAGUGUUUUGGGAUUUGAAGAUAAUGGUUCACUCAAAGAACCUAUUAUUUUCUCUACUGAGGAACCCAAUGUAGAACUUGCACUGAUAUUUUUAUUACUGCCUUUAUAUGAAUCUAUAGGUAUCUAAAUGUUAAGGCAUGUAUGAUCUUUGAUUUCUUUUUUCAAAUUAAAGUUGUAUAAAAGUUUCAGUAUCUUGCCUUAAAUUAGUUGCCUAUUUCUAGAAUUCAAAUAUUGUGGCAUUUAAAAAAGAAAACAUUCACUUUUGAAACUUAGACUUCAGAUCAAAAAGGACUGAACCCCCACUAUCAUAAUCUAUAAGUUUAUUGCCAUGUUGUUUGACUAGCAGUGCAUAUAUGAAUGAAUAUGGUAAUUAGUCUCAUCUAUAAGAACCAAAUACUUUAAUUAUAUUAAGGUAGUGAAUAAAGAUGUAUAAUAUUUUUAUUAAUACCCUGAAUAUAUUCAGUGGAUUGAAUGUGACUUCAUAACUGUACUACGAUUGUAUUAAAAUAUUUCUGGAAUAAAA